CCAGUGUGUAGCUUCAUAUUUCAAAAUUUACAUCGGUGCAUGUUUAUUGUUUUGUCUACAACCCCUACAAAAGCUAUUUUGCAAUAUAGCAGCGAAAGAAUAUAACGGCACGGACACUCUAGCGCUUAUCAUAGUACAUGUAUUAGAGGUUUCGAUAUAUACGUUUUUUUAAUCCCAUCUCCGACAUAAACUUUAAGUACUUCCAGUUCUACAUACUAUGCCAGCUAUCAUGGAGGGCGGUGACGAUUUAGAUGACGGUCUUAUGUAUGACAGCGAUAUUGUCGUUUCUGACGACGAUGAUAAUGAGACGGGUAAACCGAAGUAUGAGCUACGACCACCAUCUCCAGGACUAACGUCGGAUGUGGCAGAGGUGGCCAAAAUGGGAAGGAUAAAGGGAGAGAAACGGGGGUCUGAUUACAUAGAGGCCGAGAAAGCUGAAGCACUUGCGAAGGAGAAAGAAAACAGUAAAAGUAAUAAGAAACGAAAAACAUCCAGUGCCGAUGGGACCGCUAAGGGUACAAAGGGUGCAAACAAACAGAAAAAAUGGAAAGAAAAGGAAGCGGCCCAACAGGCACAAAUAACCGGUAACGGCGAGGCUCAGGGUGCCUUUGUUUGGACCGAAUUCGUGAACGAAAAGGGUAAUAAGAUGACGGAGAUAGAACUCGAGGAAGUCACAUUUAACCCCGUAGCCUGCUUUGUCGACCCUUCGGAUGCUCAUACAGGAGUGGACAGAAAUCUUAAGAUGUUGCGCCCUUUUAUGAAGAAUGGCAUCGACCAGUGGAAAUCGGUCUUCUCACGCCGAGGUCUGGGACCUCAGAAAGCGUGCAAGCUCAAAGGUGCACCGAAUGUUAUUAUCGUUACACACACGGCGAUGGGUGCCGCAGAUAUAUACAAAGACCUGAAGGAAUUCAGUCAAGUGUGCCGGGUGGCAAAGCUAUUUGCUAAGCACAUCAAGGUGGAGGAACAGAUCAAAUACUUACAAGAGCACGCAGUGAGGAUUGCUGUAGGUACACCCAACCGGAUCUCCAAGUUAAUUGAAGAAGGUGUACUCAAUUUAAGCAAUUUGACAUACGUGAUCGUGGACUCGCGGAAGGACAUCAAGAAUCAGAACAUCUUUAACGUCAAACAGAUCAAGUCCGAUUUUCUCGGCGAGCUUUGUCCCAAUCACAUAUUUCCAUUGAUGAAGAAGAAUCAGACUAAGAUGAUGCUAUUUUAAAUAGAAUAAACUAACAUAGGUGGUUUUUGUGAGCUGUUAAGAAAUAUGUAUCGCAAAUCUAAAUUGUCAACAUCGAAGCGCACAAUCAUUUCCGAAAGUCCGC